GUUUAAUCCCGACAACGGCCUCUUUUCCUUUCCCUCUUCCCUCUCCUCACUUUCUUUUUGGCCCGCGUAUUUUCUCUCUCUCGCUUGCUUUGCACACCGAAUCGCGCUUCCUUCUUUUCAUUUUUCAUUAAUGCAGAAUCAGAAACACACUCUCGGUUUUGAGAUUCUUCCUCGCGCGACCUUUUUCUCUUCAGAUUGAAAGGGCAAAAGUAAUGUACAAAGAGAUGGAGAAGGGAAACUUCAUAAUGGAGCAUUGUUGGUGUCUUUUGAGAUACCAACCCAAAUGACCGCAACACAUGAUUUCACUGAAUACGAGAAGGCCACACGAUAAAUGUCCAGCCAAUGAGCAGACAAGUGAAGUUGCCGACGACCUUGUAGAGGAGAACGUUGAGAGGCCUCCAGGCAAAAAGGCUGAGAAAGAAUACUUGAGGAAGCGGAAGUCCCAAGAAUCAUGUGAUGCUGAGUUCCACAAGGUGUUAGCUGGAAUGAUUGGGGAUAGACGGUUGUUCAUGGCAGAGAGGAGAGCAUGGAUGAUGAAGGCAAAUCACGAUAGAGGUGCACAACUGGAACUUGAUAAGAAAAAGUUUGAGGUGGAGAUGAUGAGCAAGGAUCUUGCUAGCAUGAAUGCCAUGCAGCAAGCCUUUUUUCUUAAUAUUCAAAGGAAAAUUUAUGAGGACUCUUUUGAAUAUUUCCGAAGGUACAUCCGACAAAUCUCCAUCCACACCUCAUGGAGGUGUCUAAUUGUUGGUACUGAUUUUAGAUUUCCAGCUUUUAGUGGCUGCCCAGCCAUAAUGAGAUCUAAAUUUUGUGGGCUGGAUUGUGACUUGUUAAGUUUGUAACUUUUUGUGGGCUGGAUUGUGACUUGAUCUAAAUUGUAACUUGUUAAGUUUGUAAA